UUCUCCUCUGAAAGUGAUGGCGAGUAAAAUGCUUAUUUCUGUUCCACUGCAUUUGCUCCUUUGCUGGAUGCUCCUUGUAGCCUCCAAGACGAUCACCAUCAUCACUUUACAAGAUGCCAUCCUGUCCAUUCCAUUGAACAUGUCUCCAGAUUCUGUUGAUGACAUGUACUCUGGCUGCAGGUCGAGGAUGGAGCGAAUCGUCAACACCAAAUACUUUGAAAAAGAGAACAAGGGGAUAUUUGCAGAUGUCUGGGAAAAAGCAAAUGAAUGUGCAACUGUUAAAUUCCGAGCUAAAAAUAACAAAUAUGGGGCUUUGACCAAGAAUCACAUUCAAGCAAUCUGUGUUUUUACAUCUAAUUAUGAAAAGUUUUACAUGACAUUCAACGAUGCAGUCCGAACAAACAGAGCAAUAUAUGGCACCUCCUUUCCGUUUCACUUUUUACAUUUCUGGCUGACAACUGCCGUACAGAUCCUUGGUGAAAGAACAGGCUGUAAGACCACUUACCGCAGAACUACGGCUGUGUUCACUGGGGAAGUCAAACAGAAAAUUCGCUUUGGUUCUUUUAGCUCCACCUCCGCAAGUCCAAACCUGAAAGGUUUUGGAAACAAGACAUGCUUUCAAAUCAGGACCUGUUAUGGUGCUCCCUUGAAGAAUUAUUCAAUCUUUAGUUUUGAGGAAGAGGUGCUUAUCCCCCCUUAUGAGAUCUUUCAAAUAACCAAGAAAAUUAAGAAAAAUUAUAGAAAGCUGCGUGACUGUGAGAACGUGUAUAUCCUAAAGAGUGUACGAUUUCACAGCAAUCUGAACUGCAAAAAUGCAUAGGCAAGAAAGACCAGGUGGAGCAAAGUGAGCAUUUAGUCUUGUGUAGCAAACCGAAUGAUUCUUCAAAAAUCCAAGCUCAUUACAGUAUGUCUAUGCAUUCACCUCAACCGCUCACCUUAUGCUGGAGUCCGCAUG